GUUAAGAGCUUUCUAAUAGAUUUUUUCUUUGUGUCCCGGAUUCCAUAUUUACAUUAAUUGCCUUUUCAACCAAAACAAUUGUCAGUAAAUGGUCGGGGAUUUAUUGUAAAGUGACCCUGUGAUUGAAGUUUGAAGAAUGGUUGCUUUUGACAGAACUGGGGUGCAGUAAUGUGUCUGAAGGAAAGAGUCUGCAUUUGUGGUCCUAUAUUCUUAAAGGUCAGUCGAGGAAAUGGUGAAAAUACAGCCUCAACUUGCUAACUUCUCAGAAUUAAAUAUUAUUAUAGUUUAACUACAAUUUAUUUAGAUAAUCCCCUUAGUAACAGUUUACAUGUGCAGGUCACUUCGUUACUGUGUUAGUCAUUGUCUGUAUGCAGCAAUGACCAAACUAGAAGAAGCCAACCGGGAAGUCAACAUGCAUUCUUCAGUCAGGUAUUUGGGAUACUUUGCAAAAAUAACCUUGCUGGUGGCAAUAUGCAUGGGACUAUUUGUCAGAUGGGAACAGACAAAGGAUGCAUUGAUACUGGUGAUAUUUAUAUUAGGACUCUUCAUUCUUGGGAUUGCUAGUAUCUUGUACUAUUAUUUUUCAAUGGAAUCAGCUAGCGUAGGCAUUUCCAAUCUUUGGUUUGGAUUUCUACUUGGCCUUCUUUGUUUUAUUGACAACACAACAUUCAAAUAUGAUGGUAAAGAAGAAGCAACAAAAUACUUACUACUUUCCUCCAUAAUUUUAAAAUCUUUGUGUGCUUUGGUGGAGAGGGUUUGUGGAUGUGUUCGACAUCGCCCCACGCUACUGACUUCCUCCGAGUUCUUGGAGCUGAUUGGUUUCGCAAUAGCAAGUACCAUCAUGCUGGUUGAAAAGUCUAUAAGCAUUAUCCUACUAGUAGCUGCAUUUUCCAUGAUAAUCAUUGACUUGAGGAUGAAAUCCUUUCUUGCUAUUUCAAAUCUGGUGAUUUUUGCAGUUCUGACCCCUUUAUUAUUUUUUCCAUCUUUGGAAAUUCCUGUAAACCCAUAUGCCUUAUCUUGUUUUUUUUGCUUAAUUAUAAGUGAGCCACUUCUUGAUGUUUAUUUCAGUGGGCUCUCUGUCACAGAACGAUGGAAACCAUAUCUGUAUCGUGGAAAAAUGUGCAGAAGAUUCUCUGUAAUUUCAAUUGGGUUAAUUGAACUUAUCUUUUUAGUGCUAGCUGCCUUAAAACUACGGGACUUGCAGCAAUGGUAUUUUGUUAUUCCCGGAUUUUCAAUCUUUGGCAUUUUUUGGUUGAUAUGUCACAUUAUAUUUUUAAUUACUCUGUGGGGUUUCCAUACCAAACUCAAUGAAUGUCAUAAGGUCUAUUACAACCACAGACGGGAUAACAGCCUGGACAGGGUCAUGGCUUCAAAGGGAAUGCGACAUUUCUGCCUAAUUUCUGAACGUCUGGUGUUUUUUAGUCUUCUGGCAACAGGAAUACUUGGAGCUGUAUCCUGGCAGCCAUCCAAUGGGAUUUUUAUGAGUGUGUUCCUGAUUGUGUUACCUCUGGAGUCCAUGGCACAUGGUCUGUUUCAUGAACUAGGCAGCUGCUUGGGAGGGACAAGCAUUGGAUAUGCAGUUGUGAUCCCCACUAAUUUCUGCAGCCCUAAUGGACAACCCAUGCUCCUUCCUCCAGAACAUGUACAGGAAUUAAAUUUGAGAUCAACAGGGAUGCUUAACUCUAUCCAGAGAUUCUUUGCUACACACAUGAUAGAAACCUAUGGUUGUGACUAUUCUACAAGUGGGCUUAAUUUUGACACUCUUCAUACAAAGCUGAAAUCCUUUCUGGAGCUAAGAACAUCAGAUGGACCUAGGCAUGAUACCUACAUAAUAUACUAUAGUGGACACUCCCAUAGCUCUGGCGAAUGGGCAUUAGCUGGUGGUGAAACUUUACGGUUUGAAACACUUCUGGAAUGGUGGAGAGAGAAAAACAGUGCCUUUUGUUCCCGACUUAUUAUUGUAUUAGACACUGAAAGCUCUCUACCAUGGGUUAAAGAGGUUCGAAAAGUUAAUGAUCAGUACAUCGCUGUCCAAGGAGCAGAGAUGGCCAGGGUUGUGGACAUUGAAGAAGCAGAUCCUCCUCAACUGGGAGAUUUCACUAAAGAAUGGGUGGAGUAUAAUUGUAACCCUGACAAUAAUAUAAGUUGGUCUGAAAAGGGACGUACUGUAAAAGCGGUAUAUGGGGUGUCAAAACAUUGGAGUGAUUACACUCUUCAUUUACCAACCGGGAGUGAUGUUACUAAGCACUGGAUGAUUUAUUUUCCUCGUGUGACAUACCCACUUGUUCAUUUAGCGAAUUGGUGCGGGACACUUAACAUGUUCUGGUUUUGCAAAGUCUGUUACAAAUGCUUAAAAAGGUUAAAACUCAAUUGGUUUCUUCCAUCAGUGCUUGACACCGGUCAAGGAUUUAAGCUAGUUAAAUCCUAAUUAUCAUCCAAAGAUAAGUAAAUUGAAUUACUUAUGGCAGUAAACUUUACAAAUGUAUGUUUUAUAUAUUUUUAUAUUAACCUGUAAGAAUUUGUACAAAUACAGCAGCCGCUCCACUUCUCAUCUAUAACAGGGAGAAUACUGUUAAUCAAAUUGCAUUUUGUUACUGAUAUUUGUGACUCUCCUGACGAUAAUGACCAGAUUACUGGUCCGUGUAUUCUGCUUUUUAAAAAAAACAAAGCAAAAAAAACAAAGACGAUAGAUAUGUACAGAGACUCUAUAUAUAAGUUAUAAACUGUUUGUAGAUGUCAUUGUUGAAAUUAUUAAUGCAAGUGCCAUAAUUUAUCAACCUUUUUUUAAGCAAUUAAAUGCUAUUGGUUUGAUAUUUUUAA